UAUCAGUAUCAGGACACAUUAUUUUAUAACCUGUUUGAACGUGUUAAGGAUCUGGUUUUCCUCUCCGCCCUUUUCUCCGAAAUUCUUUUUUAAUUUACUUCCAACUUACUCCUAUCUUCUUUCCAAGAAAACUCCAAACACUUCCAACCUAUCUCAUACAUUUCCAAUUACUCCAUUCUCCUCUUUUCGAGAUUCAUUUACUUGGUGUUCUUUAGAUUCCAAUCGGAAGUAGACAGUAGAGUUUUGAUAAUGGUGGAGAACGGACACCAACAGCCACCAGCUCCAGCGCCUCCGCCGCCCACCGUCCAGCAACCGCUAGGUGCCGCCAGAGGUCCUGCUUUCCCACCCGCCGAACAGCUUCUCCAGCUUAACUACUGCAUCCAUUCCAAUCCUUCAUGGGCCCAAACUGCAAUUCUGGCAUUCCAACACUACAUCGUUAUGCUUGGCAGUAUCGUCAUGAUCGCAUCCAUUCUCGUUCCUCAAAUGGGUGGUAGUCAUGGCGAUAAAGCGCGUGUAAUUCAAGUUUUGCUGUUUAUGUCGGGAAUAAAUACCCUUUUACAAGCAUUAUGUGGUACUCGGCUUCCUACAGUCAUGGGCCCAUCUUUUGCUUAUAUGUUAGCUGUGUUAUCAAUUAUAAAUGAUUUCAGAGAUGAAGAUUUCCCAUCCGAACAUGAGAGAUUUCUGCACACUAUGAGAGCGAUUCAAGGAUCAUUGAUCAUUUCAUCGUUCAUUAAUAUGCUUCUUGGAUUUAGCAGAGCAUGGGGAGAAUUCACAAAGCUACUUAGCCCUCUUAUUGUUGUUCCAUAUGUUUGUGUGGUUGGACUUGGAUUAUUUGGAAGGGGUUUUCCACAGCUUGCAACGUGCGUUGAGCUUGGGCUUCCUAUGCUUGUGUUUUUGGUUGUCUUUCAACAGUACAUGAAACACCUCCAUCCGUCUGCACACCCGGUUCUUGAGAGAUUUGCUUUGUUGUUCUGCAUUGGGCUCGUGUGGGCUUUUGCCGCCAUCUUAACCGCCGCCGGUGCGUAUAACAAUGUCCGUGAAAUAACCAAGCAGAGUUGUCGUACGGAUCGUUCCUUCCUUAUUUCAUCUGCUCCAUGGAUUAAGAUCCCGUAUCCGUUUCAAUGGGGUACACCUAUAUUCAGAGCUAGCCAUGUUUUUGGAAUGAUGGGAGCUGCUCUUGUUACAACUGUAGAGUCAACUGGAACGUUUAUUGCUGCUUCACGUUUUGCGGGUGCAACACCACCUCCAGCACAUGUUCUGAGUCGAAGCAUUGGUCUACAGGGUGUUGGUCAACUGCUUGAUGGGAUAUUUGGUUCAAUUGUUGGCACUAAUGCAUCCGUUGAGAAUGUUGGACUUCUUGCUCUAACACACGUUGGGAGUCGAAGAGUGGUUCAAAUAUCUACUGUGUUCAUGUUCUUCUUCGCCAUAUUUGGAAAAUUCGGAGCCUUCUUCGCAUCAAUUCCUCUUCCAAUAUUCGCAGCGAUUUACUGUGUCCUCUAUGGCCUUGUAGCUGCGGUUGGAGUUACGUUUAUUCAAUUUACAAAUAAUAAUUCAAUGAGGAAUAUAUACAUAAUGGGAUUGGCAUUGUUUUUGGGGAUAUCAAUUCCCCAAUACUUUGUGAUGAACACUAAUGGUGGAAGUGGCCAUGGACCCGUGCACACUGGUGGUGGAUGGUUUAAUGAUAUAUUGAACACCAUAUUUGCUUCGGGUCCAAUGGUGGCAUUGAUAAUUGGGACUUUGCUAGACAAUACACUAGAUGCCCAUAAUACACAUGAUGAGAGAGGGGUACCAUGGUGGGCCCCAUUCCAACACAAGAAAGGUGAUAGUAGAAAUGAUGAGUUUUAUAGUUUUCCCAUUAGGAUUAGUGAUCGUAUUCCUACGAGGUUUCUUUAGAGAGAUUACUUUUGUUAAAUAUAAGUGAUUGUUGAAAUUCAAGAUCCAUGAACCAAAGGGUGACUUUUGUAUGUUUUUAUUGGUUUUUUCAUCAUUUAGUAUAGUAGAGUUCUUUUUGGUUGUUUAA